AGAAUCCCAAGAUACUUUGCGGUUGUUGUAGUCCUGCCAAAACCUGGAGGGCGUGUCUACUCUACAGGAAAGAGCGUGGUUAUCCCUGAGGGGCGCCCGUUAAUUCUUUGCACGUCCUGCAGCUGCGGUGUAUGGAACGUGAUGCCAAUAACGAUGGAUAUCCAACGGUCCCUUGAGCUCCUGCACAUGACCGUCUACUCCCAGAGCAUCUCACCCUGUGGCAAGUAUUUGGCAGCCGGGAACAACUAUGGAGAAAUUGCCAUCUUCAGCCUCUCGGCAGCACUGAGUUCAGAAGCCAAGGAGGAGAGCAAGAAGCCGGCGGUGUCCUUUGUAGCCCAUGAUGGUCCCAUCUAUGCCAUGGUUUCCACAGACCGGCAACUGUUAAGCGCUGGUAAUGGCGAAGUCAAGGCCUGGAACUGGAGCGAGAUUGUGAAGAAGGGAUGCAAAGAAGCCUGGAGCAGGAGGCCGCCUUAUGGGAGUAGCCUGGAGGUGCCAGAAAUCAACAGCCUUCAGCUGAACCUCAAGGAUAAUAGUCUUUUAAUGGCUGGGGGAGACUGUUCUAUUCACAUGAUGGAUCUGGAAUCUGGAGCCUUCACGCAUGAAUAUCAGGGCCACACCGAUUAUAUCCACUGUCUGGCCCUUCGGGACCAGCUCAGAGAGUGCCUGUCAGGGAGCGAGGAUGGUACUGUGCGCCUUUGGGAUUUACGUACUGGAGGUCAAGUUCAAUCCAUUGAAGUACAUAAAUAUGAGGAAUGCAGUCGGCCGCAGAAUGGGAAGUGGAUCCGUUGCCUGGCAACUGACUCUGACUGGAUGGUGUGUGGCGGGGGCCCAGCACUCACUCUCUGGCACCUGCGGUCGGUCACACCCACGACUGUAUUCCCUGUGCCCCAGUGUCAGCAGCAGGUCAUGUUCUACCAGGACCUGAUUCUCUCUGCUGGCCACAGCCCAACCAUUAACCACUUACAGAUCAGUGGGGAAGUGAAGGCCCAAAUCCCUUGCAUCCCCCCCCACGUCCAUUCUCUUUCCAUCAACGAACACUCGCCAGAGCACAAGGUGCUGACAGCUGCCGGAAGCAGCCACUGCAUAGAUGUCUUCACCAACUUUGGUUACCGGGCUUUUUCCCUCACCUUCACCUAAUGCUCAACGAACUCUUGUCUUUAUAAGCUGACACUGGACAAGGUGUACAACAGGCAGCCCCACUCUCUCUAGGCAGCUCUCUGCCCAGUGAUGCGUGAACAGCUGCCAGCUGUGUUGUUGGCUUAGGAGGAUGGUGCUUUCCACCAAGGAAAAUGCAGACAAUGAACCUGUCACCCCUGAGCACGUGUGCUUUGGGCGUGAAUUUCAUGGGUUUAAAGCUGUAGUUAAAAAAACAACCACCACCAAUGAAAGGAAUUGGGCACUGUCCCAAUUUGUUGUAACCAGAAAUCUCCACUUCCAGAACUGGAAUAAACCUCAAGCGAAAAGCCGUUAAAUCUCUUUCAAGUUAAGUGCAAUAAAACAUUUUUUUUAGACUGGAAAAAAAAUGGA